AAGUAGACAAAUCAAGCCAAGCAUAUUGUAAUAUUAGGACCAAUACCGGUGACAACUUUGUGAGAGAAAGGACGUUGAUGGCAUGACAGAGUAGCGGUGACAUAUUUCGGUGAAGUUCAAGCCAAAAUAUAGAUCAAUAAAGACAAAAUGGACAUCAACAAAACCAUUUUGGACGCCGGCCAUGCAAACAAAAUAAAUUGUACCUACGAAGAUAUACCACCCGUUCUGGAAAAGUAUGAAACCGCGUGUCUUAUGCUGCUUGGAUUUGGUGGAAUCUCGUUGGUUCUCGCGGUAUCUUACAACUACAUCAGACGUAAUGUUUAUCAUGAAGAAAAGAAUGUGGAUAGGACUUUUGACGCAGGUGGAAAAGUCAGUACCAGUCUGACGGCUGUAACAGUGGCAUCACAGCUACUCUGGCCCGGGGAUUUGAUGCAGAGUGCAACUGUAACUUAUAAGACUGGUAUAGCAGGACCGUUUUGGUAUACAGUCGGAGCAGCCAUGAACAUAGCUGUGUUUCCUGUCAUGUCUGCGCAUCUAAAGACUAAAGCACCUGGAGCAAAAACCUAUCCCCAGAUCAUUCAAGCACGGCAUGGUAAACUGGCACAUAUAAUAUACUCCAUACAAGCGCUUCUUGUAAACAUGGUCAUAAUUGCCUCUCUUGUCGUUGCUGGUACUGCUACGAUAAAAUCAGUGACGAAAGAUGCUUCAGAUGAAUUUUGCACCCUAGUCAUCGCCACCCUUUUUGGAUGUUAUUCUUUCAUUGGUGGAUUAGGUACGACGUUCUAUGUCUCAUAUUUCAAUACGGUUUCUAUAUAUGUUUGCCUCACGAUCAUCAUUGUUAAUAUCUUCUAUAACUCAGAAAAUGGCUAUUCAUUUGACAGCGUCUAUAAUAAACUCACCAACGCAACACUAAUGAACAAAAUCGUAGACGGGAAUUUAACCAACACGAAAAUAGUUGCCGGAAUUCCAGGAAAUCUCGAUAAUAGCUAUUUCACUUUUGUAUCCGAGACUGGUAUGAUUUAUGCACUUGUUGGCUUAGUUUUGACAUCAUCCAUAACCUAUUGUGACCAGGCGUCAUGGCAGAGUAGAAUAGCAGCCAAACCCAUGCAAGGAGUGACGGGUUUCUUUCUAGCUGCUUUGAUGUGGUUCGCCAUUCCAUCAUCUAUUGCGGUAACAACUGGCAUGACAUUUUUGUCCACUGUAGAUGAACAAGGAUGUUUUCCGCUAAGUGAGGAACAGGUCGAACAAGGUCUAGUGACACCUUAUAUUGCUAAGAAGGUCCUCGGUGAUUUGGGGAGUUAUCUGAUCCUUAUAAUGGUUGGUAUGGCGCUUAUGUCAACAGGAGCAGCAGAAGUUAUGGCAGUCUCCUCCAUCAUUGUUUACGAUCUAUAUGCUGCCCAUAUCGCACCAUUUCGGAGGGACAUGAUGUAUGGUCUGUGUAUCUUAUGUGGUAGAAUAAAGAGCGACGACGAAUCUCACGGCAAUAGUCCUGUCAAUUCUCAUGGCUGCCAAUGCCCGGAAGCUCUGACUUGUGAACACUGCAAGGAAAAAGAAACAGAUGUUAAAUGCGAGGACGACAAAUAUGUCGUACACAGGAAAUACCUUUGUCCAUUUCAUGGGAGAUUUAGAGUUUAUCAAGACAGACUUUACAACUAUAAGAACUGGUGCAUAUUAUGGAUAUCGUUGGCUAUUGUCCCAUUAGGACUUGUCGUGAUAGAGACUGGUAUAGAUCUGAACUGGGCUAUGUUGACUGGCUCAGUUUUUACUAUCCCAGGAUUACCCGGAUUAGUUCUUACGAUAUUCUGGGCCAAAUCGACAUGGUUGUCUGUAAUUCUAGGAAGUUUGACAGGACUAGUGGGAGGAUUUACAACACUGAUAGCUAUGGCAUCACGAGAAGAAGGAGGGCUGGAUAGUUUUGUGAGAAACACCGCAAUGCCGCACCCUGUUUUAGCCGGUGGUUGCGCAAGUCUUUUUGGAAGUCUUUUAGUUAACGUACUUGUGUCCCUUUGUACACAUAACAUAAAAAACGAAGAAGAUCGCCUACUUGAAUGGAAAAAACUACGGGCAAUUGACAAUCCGCUUCAUCCAUGGACGGAGUUCUAUAGAGAAGAUUUGCCUGAGAUGGCUGCCGAUCAAAAACCCACGAAGAAACAACUGUCUUCGAUUUUUAAACCUGCUAAGUACGUUUCCUAUAUCUUUGGUGGAAUCUUUUUGGGCAUUUUUGUUUUUAUUAUACCAGCUGUAAUGACCAGUUUAAAAAUAUUUUCUUUCGAUGACUUUCAUGUUUGGACCAUGAGCCUACAUGUAUGGUGUUUUAUAAUGGCUGCCAUCAUUGCUGUACUAACUCCAGUAGAAGAAAUCCUUCAGAUUGUAGCCGCUUUAAAUGGUGUUCAAUAUGGUACAGAUGUGUAAAAAUUAACAUAGAUAUAUAGGUAAUAAAUAAGUGAAUAAAACACGGAGAUGAAAAUAUCUUUAUGGACAUACUCAAUCGAAUAUAUAUGUUCGAUCGACACAAAGCUAUCGACCGAAGGCCGAAUAGUCAUGUACAUUGAAAUACAGAUGCAAUUCAAAUCUACCAUAUGGAGAUUUCGAACUCUUUGAAAAAUGAAAUCUAACAGAUUGUUUUUGAAUCAGUAAGAAUUUUAAGCUUCCUAUAUACUGUCUUAAAUUGUUGAUUACAAGAGAAUAUCGAAGGAUACAAUGGUAAAAAAGAAUUCGAACA